GCAGUAUCCUAUUACGAUCCCGAUUUGUUCUUUUUUUUGUUAAUGGGCGUCGGGGUUGAAAGCUGUGUUUCCUUCUCGCGAUGUUUGCGCUACUUCAGAAGAGUACAUUGUGGCGAAAGACAAUAACACGACAUAAGAAAGAAAUGUGUAUAAUUUUUGCUUGUUAGAUUUCAUGCUGAGCGAGGCCUCCUUUUAGGCCCAUCUCAAAGUCUAAAAGGUUUCUGUUUUGUUCAUGCAAAAAUUCCUUUGCAUGCAAAAUCAGAAAAGAUUUUAUGCUUCUUGUUUUGGUCAACAAACAUAUUUUUUAAAUGUGAAAUUUUGGGGCUUGGAAGUAGUAGUAUCCUUGUACGAUUCAUCAGGAUGUUAAUUGGCGCCGGGAAGUUCCGGUUGAGAGCUGUGUUUUCUUCUCGCGCUGUUUGCGCUACUUCAGAAAAGGACUAAACACAAUAAAGCGACCUUAACACAAUAACGCGACAUGUAUAAUUUUUACUUGCGACAUGCAAUUGUAAGUAAAUGAAAAAAAUGCGUAUAGUUUUUACUUGUAGCGCUACAGCGCUACUCAUAUAGAGGGCCCAGCAAGAGGCUGGCAGGCAUUUUGGAGAGUUCUAGAACUCAAUGCAAAGCACGAGCGGGCGCGAGCCAUAUGAUGAAGGCCCGCCACGCGUUUGAAUAUUUGCACGAAACGGAAUCCGCACGCGAAUAAAAUCGCGACGCGGAAAACGAAGAAGCCUGGCACAUGCGCGAUAAGUAAAAAUCUGGGCACCUAAAUGCAGGAGGAAAGAAGUUCAGCCGAAGUAGACUUUUGAAGCACUGAGGAAAACGCGUUCUCAUGUACCACUCUUCUGGUGAAGCACUGGUGGAAACGCAAACGCUACAAGAGAAAUAUGUAAAUCCUGCUAACUCAGGUAGGACGAGC